AGAGCUUAGAUGGAGGAAGGCACCGUUUCUCAUCUCCAGGGCUGCAGAAGUUUCGAGGAGUUCUUAGAGACAGGAAAGCAAAAGUCCUGUAAUGCAGAGCUGGCCGGUGAAUUGAGAAGUGUGCAUGUUUGCUUUGGUUAGAAAGGCCUAGUUUUUGCUCUGUAUCUGAUCAAUGCUUUUGUUAAGUUUGCUGAAGUUUAAAAUACAUUAUUGUUGGGUCAGUGCCAGAUUCAGACUGGGCCAAAUGAAUGAAGCCUUUGUCCCAGGGCACAGAUUCCUUUCCAUUUGAACUCAGCAAGUUAUAUUGCAGGUUUCCAUGGCGCUGUAUUAACUAUAAUUGAGGCUUGUGCCGUUGUUAAAAACCUUUCCAGUGGUGAUGUGUUAAUGAUUCACAGUAUCUACCUGACUGAUUGUGUGUGUGUGUGUUGAAGUGGGAUUAUAAAGCACUGCAGUAAUUGUACAGCUACCUGACUGCACUCACUGGUGGGAGCGACAUCGUGUGAGACGCUCAUCGUUUAAAAGUGCAGAGCAGUUAGAAGCAGUUUGAAAGCAGAUUGACAGCUGCAGAAACUAGAGUGAAACUUACAAAAAAGAAUAAUAAUAAUAACAUGGCCUUCAAGCCAGUAACUGUGACACCUGCAUGAUGUGGGAAAUCCGAGAAUACCCAGCAGAGCUCUGUCAAGCACAUCACUGAGAACGUGGACAGGCUCCUAGAACGAACAGGAGACGACCCGGUGGUAGUCAUCCACAUCGGUACAAACAACAUUGGAAGAGACAGGACAAGAUCCCUGCAAAACAAAUUCACAGAGCUAGGAAGGAAAUUAAAAGACAAGACCAAAACUGUGGUAUUUUCUGGGAUACUGCCAGCGCCUUGCAAAGGACCAUAUGGACAGCUGGAAAUACAAAAUCAAAAUGCAUGGCUGAAAUCGUGGUGCACACAGGAAGGCUUCACCUUUCUUGAACAUUGGAGCACUUUCUACAACAAGGACUAUCUAUACAGGUGGGACGGACUGCACUUAAACAGAAAGGAUCCUUGAGGAGGUUCAGAAGCAUUAAAACUAGAAAGGAAGGGGGGAGAAAUCAACAAAAAAACAGAAGAGAGACCACAUCAAAACAAGAGCAACAACCCAGUCAGGUGCGUGCUGAGAUGACUCGCGAGGAUGGAUCGCGGGAGGAGUUCUCUUAUGACAGGAUGCCGACGCUGGAGCGUGGAAGCCGGCAGGAGAACAGCAGCUACUCUGUGGAGGUGAAGGCCAGCGACCUGCAGCUCGCAGACAGAUUCCCCUCCUGCUUGAGCUACCGAGCCUGGCUCUUCAGCAUCCUCAUCGGGAGCAGUGUCCUGAUCACGGCUGGCUUCUCUCUCUACCUGGGGAACGUGUUUCCAGCUGCCAUGGAUUACCUCCGCUGUGCCGCAGGUUCAAGCAUUCCUGUUGCUGUGGUGAGCUUCGCGAUCGCGAGGAAUGGGAGGACUGUGGUCUCCGAUUACCAGGUCAUGUUUGUGUCGGCGUUCGCUGUCACGACAACCUGCCUGGUGUGGUUCGGCUGCAAACUGGUGCUGAACCCAACAGCCAUCAAUAUCAAUUUCAACCUGAUCUUAUUGAUCCUGCUGGAGAUCCUGAUGGCGAGCACAGUGAUCCUCUCUGCCCGCUCCUCUGAGGAGUGCUGCAGCCGCAGGAAGCCUCACGCCUGUGACUCUGGCUUCUUGAACCCCAUCAUCUUCCCCACGCGCAUCCUCAAGUCCUACUCUGUGAUUGAAUUGAUAGUGGGGAUCUCAGCUGUGUUUGGUGGGAUCAUCGCCCUCAAUACGGAUGUUCUGGUCCCGGGACCCUACCUGUCUGCCACCUUCUUCUGGAUACUAGUGGCUUGUUUCCCGAGUGCCAUUGCCAGCCAUGUAGCAGCAGAGUAUCCCAACAAGUGUCUGGUGGAGGUACUGAUUGCUAUCGGCAGUGUCACCUCCCCGCUGCUUUUCUCUGCCUCGGGGUACCUGUCCGUCAGCAUCAUGAGCUUCAUUAACAUCUUCCUCCACGAGCUGCCUGCUGCCAAGCAAUCCUACGACGUGCUGCUGCUAAUCCUGAUGGUGCUGCUGCUGAUCCAGGCGUUCCUCACUUUGGCGACUGUGAUCCACUGUGUCGCCUACAAGACUGAGCUCCGCCUGGCCCAACCCAGCUGGAGCAGCGGCCCCUUCAUACAGCACGAGCCCCAGCCCACAGAGGUUCCCAAUGGCACCAUGAAGGACUUCGACAAGGACAAGGCGUGGAAGGCAGUGGUGGUGCAGAUGGCACAAUGAAGAGGGAGGGGGAGUCUGACUGGCUCUCAGAUUAGCCUCUCUUUCUGUGAAGUCCAGCCAACCCAGAGCAGCUGAAUGGUCCUGAACUCAACGUGGGUUUUACCCUGAACACAUUGUAGCGUUAUAUAAAUAUUACUCACAUGAUAUUUAGCUGCUCAAGCAGCCCCCCCUGCUUCUAACAACACAGGGGAGGUUUCACUAACAUCAGUGUCUGAACCUGCAAUGUUGUAACAACCAGCUAACCGUAUGCAGUCCUUAGCUUGGAGAUGUAAUAUAGUGAAAUACAGAACUCCUUAUUUUUAUAUUCAGUAGGUAUCUAUUUAACUGAGCUUAUUUCAGUGCUUAUAAAACAGCAUUGUUUUGUCUAUGGUACAAUCUGUUGCUGUUCCAAUAAAGCCAUGUGUGUCUCUUU